CAUAUGACUGCCCCUUAAAGUAGACCAGUGUUCUUGAGAAUGUCACCAUCUGAAACCUGGCAUGCAGGGAAGUAAAAAGGAGGAAAGAUUUCCUCACUGAGGGAUUGACCCUUGGACCCAAAUGAAGAAACUCAAACGCAUGCACAGAACUACCUCCCCAGAGGAAGGCUAGUCCCUUUUCCUCCCCUCCCUUUCAUCAUGAACAUAGUAGAAAGCAGCGAAUUCUUAUCAAAUUUGAUGAAGAACGCCGCCACAUUUGAACUGAAAUAUGACUUUUCCUGCGAGCUCUACCGGAUGUCCACGUUCUCCACCUUCCCGGCCGGUGUGCCUGUCUCGGAAAGGAGCCUGGCUCGCGCGGGCUUUUAUUACACCGGUGCAAUGGACAAGGUCAGAUGCUUCUGCUGUGGCCUGAUGCUAGAUAAUUGGAAACAAGGAGACAAACCUGUGGAAAAGCAUCGGAAGCUGUACCCCAGCUGCAGCUUUAUCCAGAAUCUAAAUUCCUCUCUCGUCCCUGGGGCCUCUGUUCAUCCAACUUCUCCUUCGGAGCCCGAGUCCACACAUUCCCUGCUCCCAAGUUGGGAAAACAGUGGCUAUUUCAGUGACUCUUAUUCAAGCUUUCCAUCAAACCCGGUGAACUCCAGACCAAAUCAGGACCUCUGCCCCCCAGGAAUGGAGCCUUCCCCCUGUGCAAUGGACACCGAGAAAGCCCGGCUGCUGACAUUCGGGACGUGGCCCUUGUCCUUUCUGUCGCCUGAGGAUCUGGCCAAAGCGGGCUUCUAUUACAUCGGGCCUGGAGACCGGGUGGCCUGCUUCGCCUGUGGUGUCAAACUGAGCAAUUGGGAACCCAAGGAUGACGCCAUGUCAGAGCACCUGAGGCACUUCCCCAACUGCCCGUUUCUAAAAAAGCAGCUUCACGCCGCGGCACCCUAUACAGUUUCCAACCUGAGCCUGCAAACCCAUGCAGCCCGCCUCCGGACCUUCUGCCACUGGCCAGCCAGCAUCCCUGUCUGUCCCGAGCAGCUCGCCAGCGCAGGUUUUUAUUACGUGGGUCGCAGUGAUGAUGUCAAAUGCUUUUGCUGUGACGGUGGGCUGAGGUGCUGGGAGUCUGGAGAUGACCCCUGGGUGGAACAUGCCAAGUGGUUUCCCAGGUGUGAGUACUUGGUACGGAUUAAAGGACAAGAGUUCAUCGGCCGGGUCCAAGCCAAUUACCCUCACCUGCUUGAACAGCUGUUAUCUACUUCAGAAAAUCCAGAAGAUGAAAUUGCAGAGUCUCCAAUCCUUCACUUUGGACCUGGAGAUACGCCGUCGGAAGAUGCAGUCAUGAUGAACACUCCUGUGGUCAAGGCGGCCUUAGAAAUGGGCUUCAGUAGGAGGCUGGUCAGACAGACAGUGCAGAGUCAGAUCCUCACAUCUGGAGAGAACUAUAAGACAGUUAGUGAUCUCGUGGUAGAUUUACUUAAUGCACAAGAUGAAAUAAGGGAAGAGGAGAAAGAAAGAGCAACUGAAGAAAAAGAAUCAGAUGAUCUUUUAUUAAUCCGGAAGAAUAGAAUGGCACUUUUUCAGCAUCUGACUUGCGUACUUCCGAUCCUGGACAGUCUGCUGACUGCUAGAGCAAUUACUGAACAAGAGCGUGAUGUUAUUAAGCAGAAAACACAGACCUCUUUACAGGCCAGAGAGCUGAUUGACACUAUUUUAGUGAAAGGAAAUUCUGCAGCUGCUGUAUUCAAAAGCGCGCUACAAGAAACGGACCUCACCUUAUACAGGCAUUUAUUUGUUCAACGGGACAUGAAGUAUAUUCCCACAGAAGGUGUUUCAGAUCUGCCAAUGGAAGAACAACUGAGGCGACUUCAGGAGGAGCGCACAUGCAAAGUGUGUAUGGACAAAGAGGUGUCCAUAGUGUUCAUCCCCUGUGGCCACCUCGUCGUCUGUAAGGACUGUGCCCCUGCCCUAAGAAAGUGUCCUAUUUGUAGAGGAAUCAUCAAAGGGACAGUUCGUACAUUUCUUUCGUGAAGUUUUGCCCAAAACAAAAAAUGAAUGGAUUAAAUGUGCCAUGAUUUUAAGUUUCAUGCCGAUGUUUUCAGAUUUUUCCAUUCAUUUACAAUUUAGAAAACUUUAUGUAACUCUGUACUGAAAAAAUAUGAACACAUCUAUUUUUGGUACUAAGAGGAUAAUAGACUUCUGUUUUUAUCAACAGGAAGUAGG